AUGAGUCGUGGACGUCGAAACUACUCGGAUGCUAGUUAUGGACAACCGAGAGGCGGAGGAUAUGAAUCUGGAGGACGCCGGGAAAACUUUGACGAUGAAGAUCAACCUCGUGGUCAGAAUAACAUCAAUCGUAGAGGAGGUUCUCAUCGAGGUUACCAACACAGUCGAGGUGAAUUCCAUCAUUCAGAUGGGAGAAGAGGAAGCGAUAUUUCUCGUCAAAUGAGACAAAUGAGUGUUGGAAGAGGCGGAAAUCAUAGAAGAGGUGGGAGAGGUGGGAACAUGUAUUCCCUACAAGGUCCACCACGGCCACGAUUCGAGAGAUCGUCUGUAGGAAUCGCCAAUCGGGGAGAUCUUGCUGGAUCAGCUCAUUACCCGAACAUGCAAGUUUCACGAGCUGAUAUGGCACACAACAAACAAACAUUCUUCGAAAGACCAGAAGGAUCUGUGUUUGAGAGAGAAACUUUGGGAUGGAAAACAGAGCUCUGGACCAACCAUGCUCUUGUUCACUUGCCAACUCAAUCAUUCACGAUUUAUGAGUACAAUAUUGACGUGAAAAAAGGCAAACUACUGUGGACUAAACGAGACGAAGCUGGUCCAACGUUUCGUAACAUUUGCAAGAAAACGGAAUUUCUUCUACCAGACUCAAGUUACGUUUUUAAUGAUGUGAACAUGUUGUGGUCAACCAAGCAACUUCCUUGUGGUUCUGGAGUCGUCGGAAACAAAGAACGUUAUCAUUUUAUUUACAAAUUUACUCGAAGUUUCCAGUUCGGAGAAUCCGUUGAGCAUGUUGAUAGUCAACUUUUCUCCACACUCAUUGAUGCGAUCGCCACUUCUCGUGUCAGAUUCCCACACAAAUGUAAAAACAAAUACAAAGUAUUCAAUCGGAACAUGUUCAUGAUUCAAGAUCGUCAACAUGACGACAUAUUCGAAAAAGCUCCAAUAUUUGUGUCACUCCAAAAUGGAAUUGACAUCCGAACCGGAAUUUCGAUUGGAAUCAAAUUGAAUUUGAGAGCUGGUAUCACUGCAUGUUAUGAUCUAUCCCAAACAAUGUUCACUCGUCCCUGCUAUCCCAUCAUACGACUUCUCGUUGAAAUUAUUCAGGGUGAAACGAUCAGUGAUGAAGAAUUCGCUGAUAAAUGGGACAAACAAUUGAUAAAAUCUACUGUCACCGAAAAAAAUCAAAAAAUUAUGGAGAGAAUUCUUAACAAAAUGUUACUUCGGUACACCAUUGAAAAUGCCCUCAAAGAGGACGAAUCUCGAAAAUGGGAAGAGGAAAAUAUGAAGGAAAAUAAUAGAUACAGAAAGAAUAAGAAUGAUUUCACAUUUUUCGAACUGGUUGGAACAGCUGAACGACAAACAUUCAUAGAUGACACUACUAAAAAAGAGAGAACGGUUGCGGAAUACUAUCUCACUGAGAAAAACAUCCGCCUUCGUUAUCCAAAUCUCCCUUGUAUUCGAAAACGGUCACCGAAGAAAUUCAUCGCGUAUCCCAUGGAGUUUGUAACCAUGGUUGUUGAGCCUCAACGUUUCGACGGAUACACGACUAGAGAAAUGAAAGCUAUGAUGAUUAAUAGGACCUCGUUCACCGCCAGACAGCGUCGGAUUCUUCUUCAACACAUCAUCUCUCAGAAACCAAUCACAGAUAUCCCCGCCGCUGUGGACAACAACGACGCUUUCAUGAGAAACUUUGGGGUCGUCAUCGAGAAAAGUAUGCUAAAAGUUAAUGCAACAGUGUUGCCACCACCAACUGUCGUAUACGGUGGAAAUGAUAAAUUCACGGACGAACACUCCGAAGGGGCGUGGAAAGCACUCGACAGGGAGCCAAUGAGGAAAGUUUUGGAAGGUUCUGUAUAUGUGAGAACGAAAGACAGAAAUGCACCGAAGUUGAAGAAGAGACUUUUGGGAUCGAUUUUGAAAAUUGCAGCACCGGGCAGGAAUGAAGCUCCGGAUAUUGAUGAUACUAAUUAUCAUAACUUGAUGAAAGCAAUCGAAAAAGCUGGGCAGCCUGUCGUGUGGGAAAAUGAGGAAAUGGGUCAAGCAGCCAUUCAAAAUAGUUGGGAAUUCUCGCAACUCAAAAAUGAAAUAGAAGAAAUCGAUAAAUAUUUCCAAUCUCUUCUCACUCAUAUCGAUGAAAAAUACAAAAAGGAGGAAGAUGAAGUCAUAAUUCCAAUAUGUUUUGUGAUCUUCGAAAGUAGAUUUACUACUUUGAAGGAAAAGGACAGUUCCAUUCGUAACGAUUACAACGUGGUGAAGUAUUUGGCUGACAAUAAAUCAGGAAUUUACACUCAAGGAAUGCUCUUCGAUACGUUCAAUCAAAUUGGGUUCUUGCCGGCUUCUGAUUUCACAAGCCUUAUUGUUGAAAAAAUCCUUGGAAAAGUGGGAACAACUCAUCGAAAACUGGACAGUGAAGGAAAACACAAGUCGUGGAAACAGGUUACAAAUCCAAAGAGUCCCACUUUGAUCCUUGGAGUCGAUGUCUGCCAUCCGAACUCUCGAGAUCGCAAGGAUUCAGAAGCGGGAGUUCGGAAGUUGUCAGUAGCCAGUAUUGUCGGAAACAUUGAUAUAGAAUGUACUGAAUAUCGUUCUACCUCGAAACUUCAAAGUGUCGGAGAAGAAAAAAUUGUGAUGUUCAAACAUGAAGUGAAAGCUCGCAUUGAUGAUUUCACUAUUCAUAAUGCAAUCCGUCCAGCGCAUAUUGUGGUCUACAGAGAUGGAUUCUCAGAAGGAGACUUCAAGAGAAUUCUUUAUGAAGAGAAACUUGAUAUUGAGAAUGCUUGUAGGUUAAUUGACCCCGCCUACCAACCAACCAUCACCUACAUUGUUGUCACGAAGAGACAUCAUACUCGGUUCUUUUUGACGAAUGAAUCAGAAGGAAUCGAAGAACAAGGAUACAAUGUCCUUCCUGGAACUCUGGUUGAGGACACAGUGACCACGAAGAACUACUAUGACUUCUACCUCACUACGCAAGUCGGUCAAGUGGGAUUGGCUCGUCCAACUCACUACUACGUCCUGUGGAACACUUGGAAAUGCCGUGAUGCUUUCUGGCCAACACUUACACAUGCACUUACCUACACGUUCUGCCGGACCACGACAACUGUCUCUGUGCCAGCUCCGGUUCUUUAUGCUCAUCUUGCUGCCAAGCGAGCAAAGGAGACACUUGAUGGAGCAGUCGAACUUUAUAGAAAGGAUCACGAAAGAGAUUACAACAUGGAAAGUUACGCAGACGUGGCUGAGCUCACCAGACAGAUAAAUAAUCAUCCUAAUCUUGAUGGAAUGAUCUUUGUAUAA